CAAUCCUACUCUUCACGUGAACCUUGAGGGAUCUGCGUGCAACCUAACCAUGUCAUCCGCAACGAAGGCAUCCAGAAUCGGGGAAGAGCUGUGGAAAACGAGAGUGGAUAAAGUGAACGCCGAGUUGGUGACGCUGACGUACGGAACGAUAGUCGCACAGCUUUGCCAGGACUACGAUGGGAACUACCAGGAAGUAAACAAGCAGUUGGAAAAGAUGGGCUACAAUAUCGGCAUGCGGCUUAUUGAGGAUUUCCUGGCCAAGUCGAACGUUGGCCGAUGUGCCAAUUUCCGGGAAACAGCGGAUAUGAUUGCGAAGGUUGGCUUUCGGAUUUUUCUCAACAUCGCGCCCACUGUGACCAAUUGGACCAGCGACAACAACCAGUUCUCUCUCGUGUUCGAUGAAAACCCCCUGGCGGACUUCGUUGAGCUACCGGAUGAUGGACGGGCACAGGAUGAGCUGUGGUUUUCUAAUAUUCUCUGUGGAGUUCUUCGGGGCGCACUGGAGAUGGUGCAAAUGCAGAUUGAGGCGCAUUUUGUGAGCGACGUGCUGCGAGGAGAUGACACGACAGAGAUGCGAGUGUCGCUUGUGAGAUACAUUGAGGAUGAGAUGCCCCCUGAUGAGGAGUAAGCGUGGCAUACUGUAUGGAAACCGGGCUUAUUUGGACACGUUGAGGCGUCUGGUGUUUUAGGGCUUUACCCACUGAUCUGGAGCUGCAUUUACUGACAAAUGUCAUGUUUACUUAUGAUUGAUGAUCCAAUUUCCCCCUCUUCCUUGCAUUGAGAUUGAUCAACGCAGAAGAGCUCCCAGAACGCAAGACAACCAGGGCACAAUGCAUACCACCGUCGCAGGCUGGGCCUGGACAAAAGGGUAUUGAUGAGGAAUGCAAGGUUGAUAAUUACAAUAGAUAUCGCUUGCUGUAAUGGGUACCGAGUUAUUAAUCAACCAGAACAAUAGAGUUAGACGAGCAGGGAUCCAGCCAUAGUCAGGUGCUGAAAAUGAUAGGCGCGUUGAUAUGCGAACUGAUAUGCGAUAACGGAGGCGGUGACAUCCGCCAGGCGGAUGUCAU